UCCGACCUAAUUUUUAGAAAAAUGGGUGGUUGUGCUGCACCAAAUUGUUCGAAUCAGUCUAAAAAUAACUUUAGGAUGUUUCGUUUCCCUAGAAAUGAAGAAAGACGAAGAAAAUGGAUAGUUAAUUCUCGUCGAGAUCAAUGGAUCCCGGGCCCAGGAGCGUAUCUUUGUGAGGUACAUUUUGAAGAAAAUCAAUUUGAAUGCUCUAGGCAAGAUGGGCGUAAAAAACUCAAGCCCAAUGCUGUGCCAACUCUUUUCAAUGUGCCUAAUCCCCCACAACUGUUGACCCCACAGCGUCUAAAAGGCAUUGGUUUACCAAAGCACCGUUCAGUUACAUCCAAUUUUUGUAAUGGUGGCUUGCUGCACGGUUUACCUUUAUCAACUGAAGCGAUUUCUGUUGCUGAACCAUCUGUUGUUCAUUUGCCACAACCUUCAGCUUCAUAUUUUGGAGAAAUAAAUUUUGCUGCCGAAGUAUCUGAUGUUUGUUUGCAAGAACAAGCUUCAACUUCAUCUUGUGAUAAAAUGCCAUCUAUUUGUGAAGGAUCUCAUGUUUGUUUGCAAGAACAGCCUUUAGCCUCAUUUUGCAAUGAAAUACCAUCUAUUUGUGAAGGCUCUGAUGAUGUUCUUUUAAAGAAUUUUAUAAAACAGCAGACUGAAUUGAUCUCGCUUCUGCAAUGCCAGAACAAAAUAUUACUGAAAGAACUUACAGCAACCAAAAAAAAAAAAAAAAAAAACACUUUAAAUAAAAGACUUCAAGGUCUUGAAAUGAAUUUUGGAGUCAUCAGUGAGAUGAUUGAACCUUUGAAAAUUAAAGGAGAAAAAAUGAAUGCUAGUGAUAAAGACUGUAUUUUAUCAUUGGAUGAAAUGGAGAUUUCUGGCAAUCCUGAUUUUGAUAUUUCAAAACGUAAAUUUAUUGGUAAAUGUACAUUAGGAAAUCAAAAGGGUACAGGAAAUCACUAUUUAGUUAUUUUACUAAGAGGUUUGAAGCUGAAAUGGAAGCAAGUGGUUGCCCAUGAGAUAACUGGACAGGUAACAGGAUGCCAGCUCAAACAACUUGUUGUCAAUGUUAUCGAAGCUGUCAAUUCUGUUGGAUUUAAUGUUGCUGAUGUGCCACAUCUUUUAAAAAAUCUCUGGUCUGCAACUCUUAAUCAUAGUAUAAAACUGCCCAGUUAUGUUUGCAAUAAAGAAAAUUUGGUUACUUUGCAUGUAUCUGCAGGAUUUAUAAAAGAUAUCUGGAUUACUGAAACAAACCAAAAUUGUGGUUUGAGAACUAUGCAUCAUCUCAGCAAAGAAGACCUCUUCCCCUCACAUUUUGAUAAAAUGAAUGUUGCUUCUGCUGUGAGGUUUUUUUCCAAUUAA